CGCGAAAACCCUUUUCCGCAGCUGACGGCCCGCCCCUACCUGACCAUCUCGCGGCGGCGAGCCUCACUCUCUUCUUCGCUUCUCCUCCCCGGACCCCGACACCGCGUUCCAAAUUUUUUCGUUCAAAACCCCCCGCACAUCCCCCCCCAAAUCCCUCGGCGGCUCGGAGGGAAACCCCAAACUUUCGCUCUCCGGGGUCGGCGCGCAUCGUCCGAAUCCGCCCAAAAUCCCCCCCGAUUCCCCACCUCCGAGCCGAAUAAUCCCCCGUCCUUAAGUAAAUCCCAUCUCGACACCGUCGGAACCCUAAGGCCUCGGCGCGUCCAUCACCCCCGUCGCGCCGCAAAUUCGACUCCCCUGUUCCGGAUUCCAGGGAUUCGCCCGCGCGCCCGCCCAUGCCCUAGCCGCCGGCGGUGCUAGUGCCAUGCCCGCCUCCCGCCUCCCGCUCAAGCGCUGCACCGCCGCCGUCCCGCGCGAGGGGGAGCCCCCCGCUGCCGAGGGCAUGGCGCCCGCGAAGCGCCGCCGGGAGCGCGUCGUCCCGUCGCGGUUCAAGGACGCGGCCGUGUCGACGACGGCGCCUCCGAAGAAGGCCUGCAAGGCCGUGGUGGCGACGGAGGAUGGCGAUGGGGAGGUGUACGAGGUGGAGGUGCGCGCAGCUUCGCCCAAAGCUGCUUCCUUUGGGGCCGUGCGUACCGUGGUGUGGACUGGCGAGGAGCAGCCGGCGCAGACGGAGGAGGAGCUGUACCGGGCGUGUCGGAACAUCAGCAGGAGCAGCACCUCGGGCUGUUUCAGUGGCAGCGUGGUUACGUCUGUCAGUAAUGCCGGUGGGAAUGACGGACUAGAGAAGAGGCCUGUGGUGGGCAGUGUGGUCACGUCCGUCAGCAAUGCUGGUGGGAAUGGCGGGAUAGAGAAGAGGCCUGUGGUGGGCAGUGCAGUCACGUCCGUGAGCAAUGCUGGUGGGAAUGGCGUGCCAGAGACGAGGCCCGUGGUGGUGGAGUGCAAGCCGAAGAGGGAGAGCGGAGUGAGAAGAGAGGAUUUUUACUGGCCAGAGGAUUUUGUGCUCGGGGAUGUAGUGUGGGCAAGGGCGGGGAAGAAGUGCCCAGCGUGGCCAGCCCUUGUUAUUGACCCGCUGUUGCACGCACCAGAGGUUGUGCUCAACUCUUGCAUUCCUGGUGCGAUCUGUGUCAUGUUCUUUGGUCACUCUGCUGGUGGCCAUGGCAGGGACUAUGGAUGGGUUAAGCAAGGGAUGCUCUUUCCCUUUGUGGAGUAUAUGGACAGGUUUCAGGGACAACCUCUGUAUAAGCUCAAGCCAAGCAAAUUCCGUGCAGCGAUUGAGGAGGCUUUCCUGGCUGAGCGUGGUUUUUUUGAGCUCCAAAUAGAUGAGGGGUGCUCGCUGGAGAAGGCUGCCAAUGACCAGUCUGUCGCUGAUGGCAUAAAUGAAGUGACUGGUUCUAAUAAUGAGCAAGAGUGUCAAUCGGAUUCUCAGGUUGUUGGUAAAUCAGCAGCAUGUUGUGAAAGUUGUGGUAAUCGUCUUACAUCCAAGAUUUCAAAGAAAAAGAAGCAAGAGGUAGAGCAGUUACUUUGUAGGCACUGUGAAAAGCUAUUGCAGUCAAAGCAAUACUGUGGCAUAUGCAAGAAAAUUUGGCACCACACAGAUGGAGGAAACUGGGUGUGUUGUGAUGAAUGUGAGAUUUGGGUUCAUGUAGAAUGUGACCGGACGUGCAGCGACCUGGAGGAUCUAGAAAAUACUGAGUAUUUCUGUCCUGAUUGCAAAUCAAAACGCAAGAGAGUGCUGCGAGCUGAACAUACGAACAUGCCCAACAGUUCAGAAUUUCCUGAUAAAACUUCAAAGGAAAAAUUGCCUGAAUCCAUACCUGUGUGCUGCUUUGGGAUGGAGGCAUUGUACAUACCUGAGAAGCACAUGAUAUUAUGUCAAUGCAAGUCUUGCAAGGAAAGGAUGAUGAGUCUGAAUGAGUGGGAGAGACAUACUGGCUCAAGGAAGAAAAAUUGGAAGAUGAGUAUUAAACUCAAGAGCACCGGGGAACCACUAAUUGGCAUGCUUGAUGAUAUCCCUGGUGGGAAUUUUAAGUCUUCUACACCAAGUAUUAAGAAAGAAGAGUUGCUUACAUUACAAGCAAACUCUUAUAGUCCAGUCUAUGCUAAAUGGACAACUGAACGUUGUGCUGUCUGUCGUUGGGUUGAGGAUUGGGACUACAACAAAAUUAUCAUUUGUAACAGAUGUCAGAUAGCUGUUCACCAAGAGUGCUAUGGAGCUCGUGUUGUGCAAGAUUUUACCAAUUGGGUUUGUCGAGCAUGUGAAGUGCCCCAACAAAAGAGACAAUGUUGCUUAUGUCCUGUCAAAGGGGGUGCUCUCAAGCCAACUGAAAUUGACCAACUGUGGGUUCAUAUCACAUGUGCCUGGUAUCAGCCUAAAGUCUCCUUUCCUUUUGAGGAGACAAUGGAGCCAGCUACGGGCAUAUUGAACAUUCCUUCUGAGUACUUUAAGAGGACAUGCGUUAUAUGCAAACAGAUGCACGGGGCCUGCACCCAGUGCUACAAGUGUUCAACUUUUUAUCAUACAAUGUGUGCAUCAAGAGCGGGAUAUUGCAUGGAGUUGCAAUACACUGAAAGAAAUGGAAGUCAAGUGACAAAAAUGGUUUCCUACUGUGCAUUUCACAGUACCCCCAACCCGGAUAAUGUCUUGAUAGUGAAGACACCUGAAGGAGUUUUCUCUACCAAACUUUUGAACCAAAAUAAUGAGAAGCAGUCUCCUGCAAGACUUGACAAGGAAAACCACCAGGCCUUUCCGGCUAAAAAUUCUGACUGCCCAGCUGUGAGGUGUCUACCUUAUGAAAUGUUGAAAAACAAGAAAGAACAAGGCGAGGCAAUUCCCCAUCGUAUAACUGGACCCCAACACCACUCCCAGGAUUUGAUCGAGGGUUUGAACUCAUACAUGGAUCAGAAUGGCGACCAAACUUUUUCUACGUUCAAAGAACGGCUUCAUUUUUUACAGAAAACUGAAAAUAAGAGGGUCUCCUGUGGUCGAUCUGGAGUACAUGGAUGGGGCCUUUUUGCUGCUAGGAAAAUUCAAGAGGGGCAAAUGGUUAUUGAAUAUCGAGGUGAUCAAGUUAGACAGAGUGUUGCUGAUUUGCGGGAAGCACGGUAUCACAGGGAAAACAAAGAUUGCUACCUGUUCAAAAUAAGUGAAGAUGUUGUGAUUGAUGCUACAGAGAGAGGAAACAUAGCCCGUCUAAUUAACCACUCGUGCAUGCCUAACUGCUAUGCGAGGAUCGUGAGUGUUGGUGAUGACAAGAGCCAGAUCAUUCUCAUCGCCAAAAGAGAUGUCUCCGCAGGAGAAGAACUGACGUAUGACUACAAAUUUGACCGAGACGAGUCGGAGGACCGCAAGGUCCUUUGCCUGUGCAAAGCUCCUAACUGCCGUGGAUACAUGAACUAAACUUCUGCUGGUCUCACAAGGACUAACCCCAAUUACCGUGCCAAAGGGCCAUACUCCCAGAUUCAUCUAGAUUCUUUGAUCUGUUUCUGCUUCUCAAUUCCGCGCUGGGCUGUUGGCAUGCUACAAGAUUGCGCGUUUUUGGUCGCAGAUUUUGGUAGAUAGCUAGGUAGGGUAUGCCAGGCUGGGUUUAAAAGAAAUAUAACUGGCAGCCAUAGCCAGCUAAUGUAAAUUAUUCAUUGCUGUAAUAAAAAUGAUGCUUUCUCUAUGAAAAGAAAGGAAAGUAAAUGUCCAUUGGGUCCAA